AUGAGCUCUGAGGUGAGUGACAUCAUGUGGAGAAGCCCCAGCUUUUCAACACCAGCGUUGGAGUUCGACUUCGCAGCACACAACCUCUUGCUGACUAGGGUCUAUCAAUAUUCAAAGAACUUAUCUUUUGUCCUAGAGGGCAUUAGAAAGGUCAAAUUUGAAGAUCGACCCAUCCCCACGUUGAAACACCCUCAUGAUGUUCUCGUCCAUGUAAGAUACACUGGAAUCUGUGGCAGCGAUGUCCACUACUGGGAUCGUGGCUCCAUUGGCGACUUUACUCUAAAGUCCCCCAUGGUCCUUGGCCACGAGUCCAGUGGGGUUGUCGUGGAGGUCGGCUCGGCCGUCAAAGCGCUUAAACCUGGCGACCAAGUUACCCUUGAACCAGGCAUCCCAUGUCGACGAUGCGACUACUGCAAGAGUGGUAAGUACAAUCUGUGCGAUGGCAUGGUCUUUGCUGCCACGCCACCGUACGAUGGGACUCUUGCGAAGUACUACGUUUUGCCAGAGGAUUUUUGCUAUAAAGUUCCACCGGGUAUGGAUUUACGAGAGGCGGCACUAAUGGAGCCGCUCAGCGUUGCUGUGCAUCUCACUAAGCAGGGGGGAGUCACGCCGGGCGACCAGGUGAUUGUUUUCGGUGCUGGACCUGUCGGACUGCUCUGCUGUGCGGUCGCGAGAGCGUUUGGGGCAUUAAAGGUCAUCGCCGUAGAUAUUCAGCAGCAUCGAUUGGAUUUUGCAAAACAGUAUGCUGCCACGGGUAUCUUUUUACCCGAGUCGUCUUGUUCCCAGGCUGAGAAUGCCCAGAAGAUGAAUGAGCAAUUUGAUCUCGGUCGGGGAGCCGAUGUCGUGAUUGAUGCAUCCGGGGCUGAAGCCUCAGCUCACACGGGGAUCCACGCUUUGAGGACCGGUGGUACGUAUGUGCAGGGUGGUAUGGGGCCAGAUGAGUUCAUAUUUCCGAUCACGAGAGUUUGCACAAGGGAAAUAACUGUGAGAGGGAGUUUUCGAUACGGUAGUGGGGAUUAUCGGCUAGCCUUAGACCUUGUUGCAUCUGGGAAGAUCAGUGUUAAGGAAUUAAUCACAAGAGUUGUGGAUUUCAAGGAUGCUGAACUAGCAAUUCUUGAGGUUAAGGCAGGCAAAGGCAUCAAGACUCUAAUCGCUGGCGUGGAAAACUAG